AAGCAUUUGAUCUUCAUUACUUGGAUAAGCAACACGAUUGAAAACAGAACCAAAAAAUGAGUUCGCUCCAAUUUCGCCCUCUACUGGUUUCGCCAUGGAAGAAGAAGGACAACAACAACAACAAGAACCAGUACCACUCCCCAGUCUCUGUUCCUUCCAUGUCCGCUCUUCAAAAUGUAAAUCACAAGCCCAUUUUCCUCUCUCAUCUCCUUUCUUUCGCCCUCUCCAUAACCCUAACCUCACCAUUUCCUUCUGUCGCAAUCCCUUCUCUUAACUCCCUCUCCUCUCCACUUUCUCCCACCACUCCAUUUUCUCAAUCCAAGAACCUACCAACCGGACUGGAAAAUGGGAAAAUUAUGCCCUGCCCAUCAACCAAUCCCUCUUGUGUUUCCACAAAUCCCAAAUCAUCUUCUUUUGCUUUCCCUUUAAACAUUCCUGAUAAUUUCAGUGGGAAUCCAAUUCAGAAACUGCAAGAAGCAAUCCUUGAAACACAGAGGAAUCCAAAAAUUCAGAUGGUGGAAGAUACGCCAUAUGGUCAAUAUUUAGAAGCUGAAGUAGAUGGGAACUUUGGUCGAGAUGUGAUUGAGUUUCUGGUGAAAGGAGAUGUGGCCGCAUACAGAAUCAUGGCUACAAAAGUGACUUAUGUGUAUCCUUUCACAACUGCUUUAGGGGAUUCCAAAGGACAGGAAGAACGAAUGAGGAAGAUCAUAGACCAGUUGCAUUGGUAUUCUCCAACCUUCGAUUCCAUGGAUGACUAAUACAAAUCCUCUGCUUCUUUCUUUAUUCUUUAUUUUUCUUCCCUUUUCAUUUUUACUCGAUCUGAUUAAACUCAUUUUCAGCCGCAUUUAUUUUAGCCAUCUAUAAAAGAAUGUUCAACUUCAUUAUUA